GAAGGUGGGGAGCAUUAAUGCUUACUUAGCAGCCUCCCGCGAGAGACUCACUCACUCACACACACGCUUGGCGCGUUCGUCCGAGCAGACAGACACUCCGAGCGAACCUGAGAGCCUGCGAAUAACCAACCGGCGAGUGUGUUUGGUGUCCCAGUUUCUCUCCCACUGACAGCACUACUAGCCUAGCCGCGCGCGCCACAGAGAAUUAUUACACACCACACACACACACUGCACACUGCACACUCGACACUACUGUUUGCGGCGAGUGCUGCUCCGAGUGAAGUGAAAUACCCCCACCUUGGAGUCAGCCGCGAAGCGCUGUCCUCAGGGACACGAAGUCACCACCAGCCAGACCGAUUAGAGCAGCAGUCUCGUCUCGACCACUCGCACGGCAAGUCACCCUGCACGCAGACACAAUGGUGUUCAGCGAGUUCAUCUACAACUGGCUCCUGCGAAUAGACACCAGCGGGCACAUCGAAAUCUGGCCGUCGCUGCUCGUUUUCUUCGUUGUCGUCUCGAUGGUGUACUUGGUCCAGUUCAUCAACAAGGAGCGCCGUCUGCCCCCUGGCCCUUGGGGCUAUCCGCUCCUGGGCUCCUCGAGCCUCCUCAACUUCCUGCCGCCGACCAAGGAGUUUUACAAGGCUAUGGCCAAGAAGUUCGGUUCCACCUGCUCCAUCCGCAUCGGCAGGAAACUGGUGGUUGUGCUCAGCGACUACCUGACCAUCCGACAGGCCUUCAAGAGGGAGGAGUUCACCGGGCGGCCGAGCUCUGGGUUCAGCUACCUGAUCCAGAAUUACGGCAUUAUCAACUCUGAGGGCCAGAUGUGGAAGAGCCAACGUCGUUUCCUCCACGACCAGCUCCGCACCUUCGGCAUGAAGCUGUUCGGUUCCGGAAAAGAAAAAAUGGAGACCCGCAUCAUGGGUGAGGUCGAAAGCCUUCUGCGCAACCUGGCCAAGACUGAGUCUGAGCCGACCGACCUGAACGCUCCGUUCUCGCUGGCCAUUACGAAUGUUAUCUGCUCGCUGCUGAUGAGCGUUCGUUUCAAGCAAGAUGAUCCGCGCUUUAUCAGAUUCACGGAGCUUAUCGAGGAAGGGUUCAAGCUCUUCAGCAACGUGAUGAUGGUCGGUGACUUCCCCUUCCUGCGUCAUCUGCCUGGCUUCAACUCGGCCUGCAAGAAAAUCGAGCAGAAUAAGGAGGAAAUGGGUGGUUUCUUCCAAGAAAUGGUCAACCAGCAUCGCGACACAUUCGAUCCCGAGCACAUGCGCGAUCUCAUCGACACCUACCUGCUCGAAAUCAAAAAAGCUGAAUCGGAAGGACGCAUUUUGUUCUGCGGCAAAGACUGCGACCGCCAGAUGCAACAGAUCAUCGGCGACAUCUACUCUGCCGGCAUGGAGACAAUCAAGACGACCCUGCUGUGGUACGUCGUGUACAUGCUGCACAACCCUGGCGUCUUGAAGAGAAUGCAGGAUGAGUUGGAUGCUGUCGUCGGCCGCGAACGCUUGCCUCAGCUUUCCGACCAGGCGUUCCUCCCGUACACCGAGUGCGUAAUCAACGAAGUCCUCCGCAUUUCCUCCAUCGUCCCGCUCGGCACCACUCACGCAACCACGAAGGAUUUAGAACUUGAUGGUCAUUUCAUCCCGAAGGACUCCCACAUCAUCCCUCAGCUGUCCGCCGUCCACAUGGACCCGAACCUGUGGGAAGCCCCUGAGCAGUUCAACCCCACCAGGUUCCUCAACGCCGAGGGCAAGGUCGUUAAACCCGAGUUCUUCAUGCCUUUCGGAGUUGGUCGCAGAAUGUGCCUUGGCGAUGUUCUCGCUCGCAUGGAGCUCUUCCUUUUCGCCUCGUCGCUGGUGCACACUUUUGAUAUCAAACUGCCUGAGGGCGCGCCUCUGCCCAAUCUCGACGGCAACGAAGGUGUCACCAUUACACCCGACAGCUUUAAGGUUUGCUUGCAGAGAAGAACGGGUGAUUUUGACUUCCUCAUUGCUGCAACUAGCAAACUCCGAAGUGCUGGUAGUCAGUAAGUGAGAGACAUUAAAGAUUUUCGAAUCUACCCUCCUUUUUCGCUACAAAGUUCCUCGAUUGUCGUGUUUAACUAUUGUAAUUGAUUACAUCAACGUGACAGUUCAUGUACCGACUAUGUGCUUUACUGUAAAUAUAGGCUAGGUUAUACGCACUACAAAGAAAACUCAUGCAUUCGUACAGCAUUUGCAUUUUUUAAAAAAAAGAAAACAAGGUAAAUUUGCCAACUGCGCGGGAGAUUCUCAGAUGUAGAAUUUGCUCAAGUUCCCAUGUAAUAUUAAAAUCGAAGUCGUUGUCUAGGAUUUAUGUGCCAUAUAUCACUCUCACAUUUUUGCGGCCCCGAUUGUGAAGAACACUACGCUAUAAAGUGUUUGUGACUGGCGGACGAACUCUCUUAUCUUGCAAGGCCAACGUUUUCAUUUUUACACUCCACACUUACGUCGAAAGAAUUUCAAUUGUUGGCUGUGUAAUAUUAUUUCCUGUUAGUGUUCAAGCAUUUUCAUGUAAAUAAUACCGCACAAUCCUAAACUAGCAAGUCACCGCGAGUAAACCUUUUUAAACCGACAAAGCAGCUGCUACCACAGGUUUUUUCAAUUAUAUUACACAAUUUAGCGGGGCAUAUAGUCCUUUCUUUUUAAAUCGUAAAUUCACAGGAAAAUGCAAGUUAACUAGUCAGAGAAGCAUUUUUUUCAAUUUGAUGGUUUUCAAUGGAUUGAAAGUGGUGCGCCUGCCUUUGUCUGUUUCAAUUUGUACCAUUUUAUAAUGAACAGAGGAGAGCUAAGAAUUAAUUAAGUACGCACACCCACCUAUUUCAUCUCAUUGAGAGUGACGUAUUUUCCAUGUCCAUUUUGUGAUGUCUUUGUAUUAUAGUGAUUCUUGGUUGAAUCGUUUAUUUUUAGUAAGUUAUUAUGUUCACUGAUGACAUCAGUUACCGCCAAGACGAGCGUAGAAUCUCAAUUUUGUUGAAAUUGAAGUGUUGGCAUACUUUUUACAUUGUUAAAGUCAGGACGAGUUUUGAUGUUUCACGCACAACCAGUCCAUUUCAAACGAAAGCAAUAUCAUAACACAUUUCAGGGGUUCCAUAUUUUUAUACGUGUUUUUAUCCGUCUUUUCGCAUCAGCCAGUAGCGAAAAUAGUAUUUUUGUAUCCUCGAUAUUGCAAAAGAAAUCCUCUCAAUUGUUAUACAUAAUGGCUUGGUGGACGCUUAGUACAAAUUUUCAAUACUGAUCUUGUGUAUGUUAUUUAUUGAUGCGAGCAAAGGAAUUACACACGCACACACACGCACUCUCACGAACACGUAUACACAACUUUGAUAUCCUUCGAUUUGAACCAAUGUAAAUUAUAUUCCUGGAAUUUUGAGCAAUGCCAUUGAAUUUUUGUACUAAAUUUACGACCAUAUCGGAAUUGUAACCACUUUGGCUAACGCAAUGUAAAUAACUAUGUAAAACAAAGAAAGAUUUUUAAUUAUUAAGUGCAGCAAACACACUGCAAGAACAAUAAAGAAAAUAAAAAUAAAAUA